AUGAGCAAUCUUGCAAACCUGUGGACUGGAUCUCCGUCAGCACCGAAAACGAACGGCUUCUGCUGCUCCCAUUUUGCCGAUCCCCUUGCCGCCACCCAUAAGCCCGCCCCUGGCCCGCGGAGAUUUUCUACGGAUCUGCGUCAGGGUCUAGCCAGUCAGCGCGCUGACCUGGCUUGUUCGCCACCAACGUUACCUUUUCCGGUCAGGGGCGACGGCGAGUCAGGCACCAACCGGUACGCGCUCGUCUCUGGUUCCGAAACGCCGUGGUUUCGAGUUUGUUUGAGAAUAUUGUCAGAGAGAUCAAGAGUGUGA